AGAUAGCUUUACUCUCACAAGUACCUGGAAAGUUAGCGCCAGAGAAAAGGUAUAGGACGAUUAAAUCUGUUUAACUUUUUUUCUAGAUAUUUUUGUAGAGUUAUUUUCUAAAGCUCUAGCAUUCUUAGUAUAUUUUUCUUCUCUGGCUAGAAAUGGAAAGUUUGAAACUUUUGAUGUUAGUGGUGGUGCUUUUUGCGCAAGUUUACUGCGCUGAAGAAACGUCGCCGAGUCAGGAGCAAGAACAUUGGCCGGCAGACAACUGGCAGGAGGAACCCCCGGAAAACAACCUUGCACAGCAAGUUGCAGAACUCAUUAAGAGGUCAAAAUAUCAUCAGUUCUACGGACUUAUGGGGAGACGCUCAGGUGCUCCACAGACUGUGCCAAUGGGUUACAAAAGACAUAAAGGAGAGAUGUUUGUAGGUCUGAUGGGCAGGAGAUCCUCCAGUGGAGAAUUAUCAGAAGAAUGGGACAGACCUCAGUAUUAUGCCAGAAGACGCAAAUAGAUUCUAAAUAUCAUUUAAACAAACCGCUCCUUGUACGUCUCCUCUUCCUCCCUCCUUUGUUCUUCAUAGCUAGUAGGCCAACCUUUACAAAGCAUAAACUAACACGAGUAGGCUUGAAAAACCUUUUUGAAACAUCAAACAAACCUUUACUGAAACAAACCUUUAAGAAAAAAAUGCACACUGUAACUGAGCAUCUACUCACUGACUUCAUUGAACACCGAGAAUCAGAUAACUGCUUUAGGAAAUACAGGGUGACCCAGCAGUAAACUAGGGAUGCUGCAUUUAGCUUUGAAUGAGUGAUCUUUGGUUUAAACCCUGCUGCUUUUCUUCCCUGAUAUAGGUAGAAACAAGACCUCUAUUGAGAAUAUUAGUUGGGACAUAGUAAGACUUGUGAUGAAUUAAAGUAAUCCAGCCACAUGUCUAUCUAAAUUUUAGAGCAUCUAACUAAUUGAAUGCCACUAUACAGUUUUAAUCAGUACAUUUACAUUUUUAAGGAGUCUUUCUUUUAAGUAUUUUUUUUUUUUUAUAAAAGGUUAAAA